GACUGGCACAGCAGACAGUCCAUCUCUCUCUCUCCAUCUCUCCCUCUGAGUGCGUGUGAGUGAAGUUGGUGGGUGUCUGUGUGUGUGUGUGUGACCUUGACAGCUGACCCCCGACAGUCCGCUAAAGGCAACACGAAGGAAUCUUUGUCCUUGUGGUGCGAGGUCUCCACAACCGCACCGCCAAUCGCUUCUCGAUCCUCCUUCUGCUGCUGCUACCCACGCGAAACUUGAUCUCCCACUGUCAUCAUGAGGCUCGCGUUGGGUGCCCUCGUGGUGGUGGUGAUGGUGGCCGCCCUGGGGGUGGAAGCCACUCACCUGAGAGGUGGCACCAUCUCCUGGAUCCAGGAGGAAGGUGGCAAGGUGCGUUUCAACUACAUGCUGGCCUGGCGCAGGACCUCGGACGAGGGAGCGAAAUGCACGGACGCAGACAUCGACAGCGGAGCGCUCAUCAAGUCCAAGCAGAAGUGGAAAUGCCGGGAGGGGUGCCAGGGCUCGUACUCUCUCAACUUCGUGUGCACGGAGCAGAACGAGAACUCCAACUGGAUGAUCGGUGCCUCCAGCUUCGAGUUUGACGUGCCAGCCUCUAAGCCCACCGUCGUAUCCUUUGACGACUGCUGCUGGGUCAAUGCGCUGGUGCAGAGGGCGGGCGGCCUCGUGGAGGCGUCCGAGUGGGACUGGUCGCUCAUCACUGUGCUCAACCCGGGCGUGCGCAGCGACACGGGGGCUCCCAACGUCUCGCCCGUCACCGCCUCCAAGCCGCUCAUCAGGCUGAAGGCUGGCUGCACCACGGUGUGGAACAUCCCGGUGUACGAUGCCGAUGGGGACACGGUGCGGUGCCGCUACGCCGAGAACGGAGCACGCGACGAGUGCGGAGGCAUCUGCGGAGUCGCCCCCUACGGAGUCCUCGACGAGGCCGCCUGCGUCAUCACCUUCACGGCCCCCGCGGACGCCGACGGCCUCUGGGCCCUGGCCCUGAUGAUCGAGGACUCCGUCAACUCGUCGCUGACCGUGGGCUCACUGAGCCUCGCUCCGGGCGACGCGCUGUCCGGCAUCCCGCUGCAAGUCCUCCUUCAGUUCGAGCCGGCGCUGUCGUGCGAGAUGCCGAUCUUCGUGGGCGUCACCCCGGCCAGCGGCGCCUCCUUCACCGCCAGCCAAGGGGUGCUCUUCGAGAUGAACAUCGACGUCGAGGUGGCCGCCAACUCCGCCAGUUCAGUGACGAUCCCACGGCUGGGCACGUUCGCUCCCGUGGGAGUCGUCAAGGCGCCCGUGGUGGUGGACCCGGGCAACCCCAAACUCUUCCACACCAAGGUGUCGUGGACGCCGGCCAGCAGAGACAUCGGCAACCAGAGGGUUUGCUUCUACGCCUCCGAGAGUACCACACAAGAGACAGAGCUCCGAUGCGUGACCAUCGUCGUUCAAGCCGGUUCCGUGCCCAUCUCAUUCAGCUUCGACAACACCUCCGGCAACGACGUUGCCAUCCAGUGGACCGUCACCUUCAACAAAGAGGUCGCCCUUCCGUCGGCGAGUGGCGCCUUCUUCCGCUUCUUCGAGGUGCGGGGCGACCGCGAGGUCUUCAAGGUGGACGGGACAAACGCCACGCUGCUGGCUGGCAACACCCAGGCGCAGUUCACGAGCCCGGCGUCGGUCUUCAACGGUGGCGUGGAGCACUACAUCACGGUGGACGAGGGCGCCAUGAGGGGCGUCGUCGGCGGCGUAGGAGUCAGCAACACGAACGCGCGCGUCAAGAAGGACUGGCGCUUCCGGCUGAAGAAGGUCUAUUACGCGUGGUGCCAUGGCGUGGGCGACCCUCACUACCGCUCUUUCGACGGCAACCACUUCAACUUCAUGGGCACGCGCACCGUCGUCCUCGCCUCCAACUGCAUCUCCAACCUGCCGGUGCCAUGGCGCAUCCUGGUGAAGAACGAGCACCGGCGGCGCGCCGACGUGUCGUGGACGCGUGAGGUGCACACCGAGAUCUACAACCACACCAUCUCCUUCAUCCGCGACAACAAAGUCCGGCUUGACGGCGUGGCGGUGAACGUGCCGUAUUACCACCCUGCUGAGCUUUUCCGCAUCACCAAGUCUGGCGAGUACUUCGAGCUCAACACCGGUGCCUUCUUGAAAGUCGAGUACAAUGGGAUGAGUCGCGUGCGCGUCCACCUCCUCAACAAGGACGUCUACGCCGCUGCCACGUGCGGUCUCUGUGGCCUCUGGAACAACGACCCCAGCGACGACUUCAUGACCCCCAACGGCACGCUGGCGGCAAGCGCUGCCGAGUUCGGCAACAGCUGGGAGCUGCAGGAGAAGGUCGUCAGCGAGAGCGGGAGCAGCGACACGGGUGUCUCAGCCAACGUCUCCCUGGACUACUUCCUCAACAUCAAGGCGGGCUUCAGCGACAACUGCGGCCUCCUGAGCGACCCGGCGAGCCCCCUGGCCCCGUGCUUCGCCGUCGUGGACCCGGUGCCCCACCACGCCGACUGCGUCUAUGACCUCGUGCUCGCCAAGUUGAACGUGGCCGUCCUGUGCCAGGCAGUGCAGGGCUACGUGAGGGCCUGCAAUGGCGAGGGCGUUGCCUUCGCGGCAAACUGGAGGAAUGCUACCAAGUGCGAGAUCGAUUGCGGAGCGAGCGCGGCCUUCAAGGACUGCGGUAACGCGUGCCCGGCCACGUGCUACGACCCCAGCGCCCCAGCGGACUGCGCUGACGCGUGCGGUGAGACCUGCGAGUGUCUUGACCCGGCCCACGUGUGGGACGGGGACGAGUGUGUCGCCCCGGCGCUGUGCGGUUGCAAGGACGACGACGGCAAGUACUACAAGGUGAAGGAAAUCUUCUGGAAGAAGGACUGCUCCGCUCAGUGCACGUGCGUGUCCUCGGGCAACAUCCAGUGCCAGAAGAACCCUUGUGACCUGACCCUGAACUACUGCGGCGCCGGGCCCCAGGGAGACUAUGGCUGCCAGCCCAGAAUCUUGGAGUGCACCGCUUGGGGCGACCCCCACUACACGACGUUCGACGGACGCAAGUUCAACUUCCAGGGCACGUACACGUACGUGCUCACGCAGCCGUGCUCGGGCGCCGACUGGAGCGUGAAGGUGAAGAACGAGAAUCGUCCGGGCAACUGGGAGGUGGCGUAUACGCGUGAGGUCAUCGUCGACAUCUACGGGUACCGGGUGAUACUCGCUGCCGGCUCCAAAGUUUCCCUGAAUGGCGUGAGCCUGAACCUGCCAUUCUACUACAACAGCAGCGGCCACGAGUUUUCAGUGACUCGCUCUGGCCACUACAUGCGCGUGUCGGCCGACUUCGGCCUCGAGGCCCUCUACGACGGAAUAUACCGCGCGAGCGUCAAGCUGCCCACCAUCUUUGUGGCGUCACUCUGCGGCCUCUGCGGCAACAUGGACGGCUUCCCCGCUGAUGACUUCACACGCCGGGAUGGCUCGCAGACGCCCAGCGCCUCCGAAUUUGGCAACAGCUGGAAGGUUGAAGAGCCGGGCAUCAUCGACACAGGUUCCGACGACACCGGCAGAGCUGUGGUUCUUGAUGCCAAUGCCGUCAUCCAGGCCCAGCAGAACGACUCUUGUGGGAUCCUCAAUGACGUUGCGGGCGUCUUCGGCUCAUGCCUGGCGCUCGUCGAGUCCAUGCCGUACAUUGACAACUGCGUCUUUGACAUGGUGCUGCUAAACUUUACUGAUGAUGUCCUCUGCAAGGCCCUGGAAGCCUACUUCGCGGCCUGUGUUAAGGCCGGGGCUCCCGUUGAAGCGUGGCGGAGUCCAGCCCUCUGCCCUGCCCCGCAGUGCCCCGCCAACAGCCACUACUCGUACUGCGCUCCACCGUGCCCCGUGUCGUGCGUGGACGGCGCCGUCGAGGGCCAGUGCCAGGGAGACUGCGUUGAGGGCUGCGUCUGCGACAUCGGCUAUGUCCUGGAGGACGACGCCUGCGUGCUGGCCGACCAGUGCGGCUGCGUCUACAAGAACAAGUACUACAAGGUGGGAGAGUCGUUCAUCUCAGACGACUGCACGAGCUCGUGCCUGUGUGACGCGGGGGGCAUCGACUGCCAGGCGUUCGCCUGCCCCGAGUUCUACGUCUGCGCCGUGCUGGAGGGGGGCAGGGCCGGCUGCGACGCAAUCGUGGGUCACUGCCACGCAUCGGGCGACCCGCACUACACCACCUUCGACGGCAAGUACUUUGACUUCAUGGGCACGUGCACCUACAUACUGGCGGCACCGAGACCCAGCUACUCGGGCUCUCACCCGGCAGCGUGGCACGUGCUGGUGCAGAACGAACACCGGUACGGCUCCACGGCCGUGGCGUACACGCGAACCGUUGAGGUGCAGAUCGACCACGACGUCAACGUCAAGCUGCUGUUCGGUGGCGACGUCCUGGUGAACGACGAGAGUGUGAGCCUCCCCGUGGGCCUGCCCAACGGCACGGUGGUGAGGGCCGGCAACUUCGCGGUGCUCUCCUUCCCGGCGGCGGGGCUCACCGUCAAGUACGACGGCUACAGCUACGUGGACCUGCGCCUCCAGGCGUACUACGCGCGCAACCUCAGCGGCCUCUGCGGCGACUUCAAUGGCGACCCGGGCGACGACUUCGUGGGGUCCGAUGGGGAGCUGCACGCCACCGCCUACACCUUCGGCAGCUCCUGGCAGUACCCGGUCGCCAGCAACAUCUCGGCCUGCGGCAGCGACUACGGUCGCGUCGUGGAUCCCGACGAGCGCAGCAAGGAGAAGGCGUCCCUCCUCUGCGCGCCCCUCAAGAGCGCCGCCUCCCCGCUUGCUGCCUGCUUCCAGGCGGUGCCGCCGGCCCCCUACCACGGGAACUGCGUCUACGACCUGGCAAUGACAGCGCUCAGCAAUGAGCUGCGCUGCUCACACCUGCAGGGGUACUUUGACGCGUGCCUGGGCAGCGGAGUCCGGCCCGGAGAGUGGAGGGAUGCCCUCGGCUGCUCGUUGAGCUGCCCGGCAAACAGCGCGUACAAGGCGUGUGCAUCGCCGUGCCCAAGCGCGUGCGGCUUCUCCAACUUUGCGUGCCCCAAGAAUCAGCCGUGCGUCGAGGCGUGCGAGUGCAGCCCAGGCUUCUUCCUGCACGACGGCGCCUGCGUGGACGCGGCCAACUGCGGCUGCACCAUGGACGGCAUCUACCAUCCCGUGGGCGAGGAGUGGUGGUCGUGGGACUGCUCGCACCACUACACCUGCUACUCGCAGUACAACGUUUCGGACGACCUCGGUGGGUGCUUGGACAACGAAGUCUGCUUCCUCAAGGACGGAAUGCUGGGAUGUCACCCCGCCGAGCUGGAACUGUCGUGCCAGGAUGAGCGAAUGUCGGCCCGCAUCCCCAAGGUGCUGGUGGGCAAGCACAACGCGAGCGAAUUCGCGCUCAACGACGGCUCGCUCCCGGGCUGCUCGCCGCUCGACGAUGGCCAGUUUAUCGUCUUCGACAUUGCCAUCGUGGAUUGCGGCGCCGUGUGCCAGGAGACGGAUUCGCAGAUGAUCUUCUCUCAGACGCUCACCCUCAAGUCGGCCAACAGGAGCCUGCCCAUCAUCCGCAACUUCAAAGAUGUCCAGGUCCCGCUCACGUGUAAGUACGACAAACGCCGCAGCCUGGCGGUGAACUUUGUGCCGGACACGGGCAGCAUCUUCGUGACGGAGACGGGCUUUGGUGACUUUGUCUUCAACAUCGAGCUGUACCACUCCGAGCGCUUCGCGCUGCCGUACAAGAAGAACGACUACCCCGUGCACUUCAAGGAGAACGAAAUCGUCUUCGUGCAGCUCGCCGUCAAGUCCAACCUGAGCGUGUCGCUCUUCACUGAGAACUGCUUCGCGACCCCCAGCGGGGACCCCCAGGACCCCAUCCGAUACGACCUUGUCAAGAACGGCUGUGUGCUGGACCCAACGUGGAAGAGCUACAGCAGCUUCCUCAAGAAGAACCAGUUCAGCUUUACCGCUUUCGCCUUCGUCGGGGAGUUCAAGCAGGUCUUCCUGCACUGUGAUGUGCUGGUGUGCAAGGCGGGCCAGGCGGGCACGCGCUGCCAGCAGGGCUGUGUGAACAGCGCCCGUCGCAGGAGGAGCGCUGGCGCCAUGGGCGAGAUCGUCGAGUCGGCGGUGCACACCGUGUCCCGCGGGCCGCUCAUCAUCGGGGAAUCAAACCGCUCCUCCGUGGCCGUGUCGCAGUUCGUGACUCCGAUCGCCGUCAUCGCCGCCGCCUUCAUUGUGGCGGUCGCCCUUGUCUACCGCAAGAAGCGAUCCUUGCGCAGAGGAUACCGGCCACUGUCUCCCCACUACUCCAGAUAGAUCAUCAUCAUCAUCAUCAACAUCAUCACCAUCAUCAUCACCAUCAUCACCAUCAUCACCGUCAUCACCAUCAUCACCAUCAAGAUCAACGUCUCCGUUGCGCAGAGGAGAUACCGUCCCUGUCUCCCUACUCGUCCAGAUAGACCACCAUCAACAUCAUCACCAUCAUCACCAUCAUCACCAUCAACAUCAUCAACGUCAACAUCAUCACCAUCAACAACAUCAUUACCAUCAACAACAUCAUCACCAUCAACACCACCAUCAACAUCACCAUCAACACCAUCAUGAUAUCAACACGAUCAUUGCACAGAAGAUGCAGCAGGUCUUCUGCAGACCCCUAUGGAUCGACGCAAUCAACAUCAUCAUUAAGACAUCACCACCACCAUCAUCACCCCGCACCUCCGAUUAGCACGGUUGGCUAUGCACUGUGAAAAAGAAGUCCAACAUACAUACAUCAUUAUCGGGCAAAGCGAGUAUGGGAGCAAUGUUAUUUUAUGGGCAAUGUUAGUCUAUGAGCAAUGUUAGUCUAUGGGCAAUGAUAGGCUAUGGUUAAUGAUAGUCUAUGGGCAAUGUUAGUCUAUUGGCAAUGUUGAGUCUAUGGGUAGUGUUAGUCUAUGGGUAGUAAUAGUAUAUGGGUAGUGUUAGUCUAUGGGCAGUGUUGAGUCAAUGGGUAGUGUUGAGUCAAUGGGCAGUGUUGAGUCUAUGGGCAGUGUUGAGUCUAUGGGUAGUAUUAGUCCAUGGACAGUGUGUAUGUACGUUUAACUUCUUUCGCACCGUACGUAGCCAAACGCGCCAAUCGGAGUAAUUACGAUUGUGCAAACUUAACACACCAAAAAAAAUCAGUCCUAAAAAAGUGAGUUUGUUGAUGCUUAUGUAAAAGUGCAUCACAGAUCCCACUGGCUUCCUAACAUCAGAAGGGAAGAGAGCGUUCCAGACGGGCCGCAGCAGCAGAACCUGAAAGCACCGUGUGACGACAAUGCAACUUUGGUGGUGGCGACCGCGGUGGUGGUGGUCGUGGUGAUGGUGGCACAGUAGGGGAAGUACAGCCGGUGGUUGCAUCUCCCGGUCAUCUCAGUCAGCCACAACCCAUGGCACCUGCUGGGUCUGUUCCAUGACCUCCUGUCAGCGGCGAGCAUUCGACACUUCACGUGACGGCCUCAAAGUGCUACCUGGCCUGGCUCGGACGCCGUGGUGACGUCUCCCAGGGUAUUGGUAUUGGUGAUGAUCGUGGCGGUGGUGGCAGUGGUGGCGGUGGUGGUGACGGUGUUGGUGGCGUUGGUGGUGGUGGUGUUGGACUUGCCGAUGACUAGUACCAGCGGUGUCAAGAUCGGCCUCCGUGGAGGAGGCUCGUGAAGGACGCUACUGGGCAGUUGGAAGCAGUCGCCCUUCAACAACAAUGGAGGGCGGAGGAGCGACGCUCACAACGAGCGGAGCGCCGGGUGGCUAAAGCACAGCCAGUUGGCACAGUAGGGGGCGUACAGGUGGUGCAUCAGCCAGUCAUCUCGGUCAUCUCAUUCAGUCGACCCAUGGCACCUGGGUCUGCCCUGUGAUCUGCCAGCGGGCGUUCAACGCUUCACGUGGCCUCAAAGUGCACCUAGCCUUGCACAAGCGUCGUGGUGAUGUCACCGCCACUUAGUGGCGAAUGGUGGUUGUUGUUGGUGGUGGUGGCGGUGUUGGUGGUGGUGGUGGCUACGUGGGUGCUGAUGUUGCCGACUGAGUGCCUCGUUUAUUAAAACGCCGAUUCUGUCAAAGUCAAUCGUUCUGCUGCUGCUGAUCACGAUGAUGCUACGGAUGCUGAUCAAGGUGCUGCUGCUACUGAUGCUGCUGCUGGUUAACGCUUGUGCUGAUGAUUGGCGAGAUUGCGGGAAGGUUUGGAUAUCGAGAGAGAGUUUCCAUGGUUACUCCUGAAAGGUACCGGAUUUGUGUUUUGUUUUUUGGGGUUGCUACUCCCAGAGUUGUUUAAUAAAGAGCCAUUUAAUUCAG